AUACGUAUUUUUAUACAGAUAUUUUUUAAUCACACUGUGUUUCAACGUGUUUGUCAAUCAAGGUAACGUACAUAAUGCCAUGCUAUCUAUUGAUAUUGACAGCCAUAAAAAAUCCGACGGCCACCCUAUGGUUUUGGACGGUUAAUUUCAUACUGAGGGAAUUUCUAAGUCAACUGACAUCGCUCUACGUCGACAUGCGUUUGCCGAAAAUCAUUGAAAAUACAAAUAAUUUCGACUCUAAAUACGGUCGGCCCACGGAGCAAAGAACUGGCCCUCGUUACUACGUGAUCGCUUAUCUGGGAUGUACGUUGACGUUGCUCUCGUGCGUCUGCAUUGAUGUUUUGCUUAAUAAAAUGUCAAUUUCAGUGUUCUGUGAGACGGUUUUGAGGUACAUGAGUUCCAUAUUUCCGCUAUUGUACUUGCUGUUCUGCGACGAGAUGUGCAUCCGUUUCCGAUCGUUAAGGACACGGUGGCGUAUAGAAGUGGCAAAGGUGCUCGCGUCUACGCCACGGACUACAUGCCAAGUAUUGGAGUCAGAACGAUUAGCACACGCACAGCUCUGCGAUCUCGUCGAGGAGAUGCGCGUUGCAUUCGGACCCCGGCUCACCACUUACCUGCUUUUCGUGUUCCUCGAACAUCUGGCUCGGUUCUACUUUGAUACGUACGUGAUGCCCACUUACAGAUUCAAGUACUCAGCACUGGAGAACAAGGGUGUCAGUAUGUUUGAUUCAUUAAUGUUCCUGGGGCAUGCCUGGAUCGGUACAUUCCUGGUCGCCUAUCUGUCAGAUACGCUCACCGAAUCUAGCAAAGAAAUAAUAACAGACUUAAGAAACAUACCGAUAUGGAAAUUACCUCAAGACUGCUCUGAACAGAUUACUUUCUUUAUGUCUCAAGUACAAAAUUCUCAAACCGUUAUAACAGCGUCUGGUCUAUUCACAGUCAAUAAGACUAUUCUAUCAUCAAUAAUAAUAUCAUUGGCUACGUACAUUAUAGUACUCAUACAAUUGGCUCCGGACUUAGGACGCAUAUUUAUCGAAUAAAUUAUAAAAU